CCCGUCUCUCGUGGGCCAUAUAAUCCUCAUUCAUCACCACCCUAAUCCCUUCCUCCUCCGCUACGUGACACUUUCUGCACCGUCUUGACCUGAUCACAUUCAACACCACUGGUAAGCAAUCGUACUACCUAUCUUCAUCGCCAAUAGUGGCCCCGUCAAUAGUGGCCCUCUUCACCUCCUCACUCACUUUGGAAUCUGGUUUCUUCUUUGCCUUGCUCCGACUCUCCCCUCUUCGUCACAUCCGUCCUGUUUGCUUUCACACGAGCCUCUCCUUCUGAGCGCUUGAGACUCCGUUGGAACUAAGCCAGCCACUAAUCUCUUUCUUUCAGAUCUUUCUAAGUGUGCUCACAUCACUCCAACCUACCCUAAAACCAUAGUCCGCCAGAGCCGAUAUGCUACCCGCCCAUCGUGACCAUUCCAUCAAAACGCAGAGCGCGAUGCCCUCAAGACAUCACGGUAGCCUCUGGAGCGCUGGCCCAACGGGUGCUCAUGUGGAGGCCUCUCAGCAUGGUGGAAACAACUACGUCUCUAAAGCCGACUUUCACGCUUUGCAGCUAAGAGUUUUGGCUCUUGAAGCGAAGAUGGGUGUCGUGACCGAUUCACCGGCCAGCUCUGCUACACUCGACGGUGUCGACGUCGUCGAAGUUAUUGAAGCCUUGAACAUCAACGGGAAGUCAGAAAAGCCUGAUCCAGUCACAGUCAGCGUGCCGCCACACCUGCGAGGUAAACGCGUCGAUCCAGAGCCACCUAAAAAGGCGGCGCCUUUGGAGGGAAAGGAGAAGGAAACAGUCAUGCCUUCCAAGGAAGACAUCUACACCCAAUUCUCCCACAAGCUGCCGAUGUUCAUCCGUAACCUGACUCCGCUACCGGACUCCAACAUCAAUAUCAUUCCGCCCACGACCACGACCAAGACCAUGACCUUCACCCUUGACUUCAUCCGCAGCUUCUUGGGCGGUAUCGAAUGGUCCCCAGGUCUCUUCUAUGUUCCUCCGAGCCACGGUCGUAGCGUGCUUCCAACUCGCACCUUCUACUUGCUCGACGGCACCUAUCAACCAUACCUUCCUGUUGGUCCAGGCGCUCACGGCGCCAUCUUGACGGCCUUCUUCAACGAAAACCCGGAAGAGUACGAUGGCGAUGAAGCCGGCGCUGCCUACGAGAACGUCCCCGUCUUCAUCUGCAACUCCCAGUAUACCAAGCAGAUCGAGUACCCCUUUCAGCAAGAGCUGAACGGCGCCACCCCUCCUGGCCGCGAGGGAAAACAUCUCCAGACACGCUACACGUACUAUGGCACCUACUCCCAAUCCCGCUGGUCCGACAAGCUGGACUAUGAUCGCUUGCAGGAAGAUGUUCCCCAUAGCACGAAGAUGCACAUCGCAGAGACUCUGUCGGAGGUUGGUCGUCCAGAGUGGGUCACUGAGGCUCUGAUGAAGCAUUUCUUCCCCAAGCCGGAGUACGAGGGCCGUCUCCCGAAAGGCGGCAAAAUCGGCGGUGCAGCCGGAAACCUCGGUGCCCGCACCAACAUCACCGAAGAAAGCGAGGAGGAGGCCGUGCAGACCCAGAUUGAGCACGAUAUCGCGUCCUACCUGCGCAAGCUAGAGACCUGGGAUAAGGACUCGCGGAUGAAGAUCAAGCUGCUGAAGAAGGAGAACAUCCUUGAGGCGUUUGAGAAGCCGGACGUUGAUGACCCGCCGGGCCUGAGGUUGUUCUGGGAGUACCUCGAGUGCGUGGGCUGGGAUAAGGGCUUCUACAAUACCAUGGUUGAGCAGAUGCUCAAGUCGGCUUCGCGCUGAUUUGAGACGGCUUGAUGGGCUGCGCCUGAUGGUGGGUAGUGGAUUGGACUUGAUUUUGGGGUUGAUCUUGAUUUCCUAUUUAUCUUGGCUUUAUUGGGAAUUUGGAGUUGAAGGCGUUGGGUAUUUCACUGGAGAAUGGCUACGGGAUCU